AUGAUGUACUCUCAGAUCCCAUCAGAAACGUCCAAGUCGCUUGGAGUGCCAGAAAGACGAUGGUACUGUGACCAGAGUCAUGUACUCGCUCUUUUGGGCUGCAUGAUAUGCUUUGUGGUUUCGAUCCUUGCUAUCCAACCUACGAUCGGACCCGCGUGGAGCCUGUCUUGGACUCUGGGGUUGACUAACCAGCUGGUCGUCAUCGGAUUGUUGCUAAGUCUGAUGAAUGAAUGUACCGGCAUUCUUGCGCCGACAUUCUUCCUCAUUCUCGAGACCCGACGAACGAGCCCGACGUUGCAGAACUACGAGGCCAUUAUCAAGAAGAGCGUGUUUCUGGAUAAAGCAGACGUACGCUGGCGUGCAUGCAUCCUCCUCCUCACCCUCCUCCCUCUGGGACUCAGUGUGGCAUACAAGAAGCUCAUUGGAGGAAGCAGCACGAUAGAGAUCCAGAGCAACUUUCCACGGUUCUACGGCCUCGUGCCGCUUCCUCUGGGCACAUUUAACGUGAUGAACAAUUCGAUCUAUUACAUGAUCAAUGCAAGCGUUCCGUACAUAGCGGCAUCUUCAAGCGCUCGUUCGAUUCCGCAGUUCCCAGCCGUGUACGGAUUUAACACGGUCAUCCUGGACAAUACGUCCACGGCCUUGCUGGACUUACCUUCGCCAGACUUUCUCUCUUCUAUUCAGCAGAACCUGACCGAUGGUGAAUCUUGGGGCAUGUCAGCGGCUGUGGAUGGAACAGUCGCCCGAUACAAUUCAUCGACAUCGUCCUAUAAAGACAAUGAUGCCUUUUGGACCACUGCUUUCAACCACUCCUAUAACCCCACCGGUCUGUCGACGAUCUCCCUCUACAAUGGCUAUCAGAUGGGGAUGAUUAAUGGCUUGGACAGCUUGCAUAGUGAGAACCCGGGCCCGUAUUGUCUGAUUGGCUUCUUCAAGGGAGACGCAUACGGGCUGAACAUCUACAGCAACACAACUGAAUCCACCAGUCUCGCUUUCAGAAAGAACGCCUACAAGUUCGACAUCCAGCGAGAAAAGUGUCAAGCACAGUGGACAGUGACCCACAGUAGCAUCCAACUGACCAGUGGCCACUGUACUGGAGAGAGGACAAAGCAAGUCGUUUUCAACAGCACCACGCCGUAUUACGCCGACACGCUGCCUCUUUUGGCGACAUGGUUGAUUCGGUACUCCCCAGCACAAUCCCAGAGCCAGUCGCCGUGGCUGCUCCCAUCAUUGACGACCUCCGUUGCAAGCAUGUUCUGGGCUCGCAUCAUCUACAUGGAUCCGACAAACAACGUGUAUCCCGAAAUGUACUAUCCCCCAACUAGCGAAACUAUCCAUUCAACACGGUUAACCCUUAAGGCGAAUUGGGGUCUGUACCUCACACUAUGCAUCCACCCGGCCCUCUGCACGGUGAUGCUGCUUUCGAUCUGCUUCUGCUACAAAACCCCCAUCGGAAAGGGAUUCGGUUUGAUCUCAGUUUUGUCGGGCGUCCGAGGAGAUAAUCUUGACCAGCUGCGGGGCGCCGGUUUGUCAGGAAUUCUGACAAGGACAGUUCCGAUAAGAAUCAUUGUCCAGGAUUCAUCUCGUUCCCAUCCGAGGAUUCGAUAUUCAUUGGGAGACGGGCUUGAGGCCACGGGCGAGUUAGAUAUAAAGGAGACAUUUCUUACAGCUCCUGCUUCGGCUGGACGUCCUGAAUGGCGCAAUUGCAUGACCAAGUUGCAUUCAUCUAAGUAUGAGGACGUUUUAGACAGUCUGUUAGAUUUCCGUCCCAUUGGCAUCCUAGAGAAAUUGCACUGGGGCAUUCCAGUUUUGCGGGAGGAAGUUAAACAGUUAUACACCUGUGGCCAUGCGUUUGGACAAUGGAGUGAGAGAGACAUGAAAGACCUCAACAGAAACCUGAAUCUGGACCGGGUAGACUGCCUGAACGAGGCCGAGGGACUGAAACAGAAGGAAAUCCGAACUGUCGAGAUCUUGUCUCAAUUCUGUUAUACUCGGGCUGUCAAACAGAGCAACAAUCUCCCCAUGCAGCUUGGUCUCCAUCUGCAUGCGAGUGGGGUGCAAAGGCGGAUUAUCGAUCUACUCUCACAGCUUGGGAUCUGUUGUGGCUAUAAGACAGUGCUGGAAGCUAGCAAAAAGAUUUCCCGGAUUGGCGCGGAGGAGGUUGCAACUCUGGGCUUCCGCCCUGAUUCAGUAACGGCAUACGACAAUUUCGAACAGACCAUGGGCGGUAAGGGAGAGCGAAGAGACGACCACAGUGAGUUCUACUCCGUUACCACUGGGGAAGUGUUGCUGGGUCGUGAGAUCCCAGCUAAUGGCCUGUCUCAGGACAUGCUGCGUCCUUCAGUGGCUCUAAUGUAUCCACAGCUGGUGAAUGCGCCUGGAAUGAGAAUGGAUGAGACUGAGGUACAUAAUCAGAUCCUCUCGAUUGUUGAUCAGAUGGUGGAGGGCUUCGACCUGCUCUCCAUGCGGCUGCAAGUUGAAAAGCUCGACAAUUCUCUCCCGGAUACGUGA